UACCUUUUCAAGAAGGCCUGCAAAAAUGUCUCCUGCCCGCCUCAUUAGUGCCCAUUCAUUAGUUAAGGAAUCUCCCAAAUUUUGAAAGAUACAUUUUCUGGCUUGGAGUGUUCGCUUUAUUGGAAAUCUGAAAUGACCAAAAUGUCAUCAUCUUCUUCAAUCACAUGACAUUUCAUGCCUCUUUUUACAAUUUCAACCACUGUCUGCUCUCGUUUUCUCUCCGCGUAUUCAUCAAUUGGGAUCGGCUUCUCUUGGGACUUCGAAUUAAAUACCCACGACCACCAAGGUAAGCUUCCACCUGCGUAUUUGAAUCCCAAUUUCGUACGUGAAGCCCACAAAUUUAUCUUGUGGGUUUCGAUUCAACAGUUUCAGAUUUGUAAUGUGUAAUGAUAAUCUGUGUUUCGUCCAUUCAACUCUCAUAAUUGAGUAUUUCUAGCAUUGUGCUGCAUAUUCCAGCUGAAUAUUGUAGUUAAAACUAAUCUAGAUUCAUAUUUAGGGUGACAAAUUAAGGAAUAAUCGAUGAAAUUGGAACAAACUACAGUCAUGGAUGGAUGAACACAAUAAUUGCAAAUCAAAUUAAGAAAAAUGAUGAUUAGAGUAGCAUGGGAGGUGAGUGGGUUUGAAGGUAGGGUAUCAUUCCAAUCUACCUAGAAACAAGUUAUCAUAUAUGCAUGCACCUAGCAGUUACUGCAAUUCAAUAGCUCUUUUACUGAAUUAUGAAAUCAUAUAUGUGAACUACCUAAUUGAAGUUGUGCUUCUGUGCAAAAUUUGAUAUUGUUCCAGAUUUGAAUACAUAACGAGGUGAGAAGCUCGGAUCAACAGAUUUUAAUUAUGAUGCCUUUGUGCAUAAUCUGAAUUUGUUCCAGUUUUCUUAAAUUAUGAUUCUUGUGUGCUUAAUCUGUUUUAGAAGCUUGUUCCAGUUAACUCCUUUGGUCUAUUUGCAUUCUAUUCCUAGUUUUUCAUUUUUGUGAUGUGUGUCUUAAUUGGAGUUUUAUUUAUCUACGAAUCAAGAAACAAAACAUUGGAUUAUCAAAGAAAUAUAAUUGAAUAACUGUCUGAAAUCCUUGUUCUUGUGUGUCAAUUUUUUGAAGUGGUGGUUCUAACUGUCAACUCAUUGUGCAGAUGUUAGAAGAGAUAAUGAGAAAUUAUUAUAUCACCCGUCUUUGUAUCAUUUUUCUGAUCUACACUAAACUGUCUCAGAAUAAGAAAAGGAAGCGUACUCAAUUAGUUCUUCCUUAUAGCCAGAUGGGCAGGGUAGACUUACAAGUCAGUCAUAUGAAUAGGUUAGCCGGCGUUACAGACACCGAUUGCUUAGUCAACCUUAGGAUGGAUAGGAAUGCGUUUGGUAGAUUAUGCUCUCUAUGCCGACAGCUUGGAACUCUUCGUGACAGAAGGUCGGUUUAUAUUGAAGAACAAUUGGCCAUAUUCCUAAGCAUACUAGCACACAUUAAAAAGAAUCGUAUCACUAGAUUUGACUUUUUUGCGGUCGGGCCAAACUAUUUCCUACUACGUAAACGAAGUUCUCCGGGCUAUCAUAAAAAUGCACACGUUAUUCAUUGUGAAUCCUGAGCCAGUUCUCGAAGACUGUGUCGAUUGGAGAUGGAAACACUUCAAGGGAUGUCUUGGCGCUCUAGAUGGUACUUUCAUUAGCGUUUUGGUUCAUAAUGCCCUCAAACUUCGAUUUAGGAACAGAAAGGGACAGAUAGCAACGAAUACAUUGGCAGCUUGUGAUCGGCAUAUGCGAUUUACAUACGUUCAACUGGGGCGGGAGGGAUCUGCCGGAGACGCUCAUGUUUUGAGGGAUGCGGUAAACCGACCUCAUGGUCUGAGAGUCCCAUUAGGGAAUUAUUACCUCUGUGACAAUGAUUAUGCCAAUAGAAAUGGAUUUUUGACACCUUACCGAGGCGUUAGAUGCCACCUCAAAGAAUGGGGCCCAGACGCUGAUAUGCCUCAGAACGCUGUUGAGAUGUACAAUAUGCGACAUACUAAAGCGCGCAAUGUUAUUGAACGAGCAUUCGCUGUGCUGAAGAUGCGAUGGGGCAUACUCCGAAGUCCAUCAUUCUACCCCAUCAAGGUGCAAAUUCGUAUAAUUAGUGCAUGUUUCUUGUUACACAACUAUGUCUGGGGCGAGAUGGUUGUUGAUCCUCUAGAAGCUCUUAUCGAGGGUUGGACCGAUGGACAUGGAGCUGAUGAAGACUCCAAUGAUGUUCCAUACGUUGAUUUCGUCGAAGCCACAAAUGAUUGGAACAACUUCCGAGAUCAAUUAGCAACCACAUUGUGGAAUCAGCAUAUUAGGGGUGGCUGAUGAUUUUGUCUCGGUGGAUUAAAGUUGCAUAUGAGAUGCUUAGUCUUUUAGUAUUCAUGUGUUUAACAAGCUGACUGUGAUCUUUACUCUUGAGCAUUUUUCUAAUUUCACUAUGCAUUAUUCAAUGACUA